UAAGCGAGGUGUGGUUUAUCGAAACUAGCAAGAACUGAAUUUGAGUGUCAAUUGUUGUUAAAAUAAAACGAAUAGAACAAAAUGCUCGGCCGUCUUCCCGCGUGUGUAAUUGACGUAGGCACAGGCUACACAAAGCUGGGCUUUGCUGGCAAUAAAGAGCCUCAGCUUAUGAUACCAUCUGCAAUUGCUAUUAAAGAAACAGCAAAAGUUGGAGAUAGCAAUGCCAGGAGGAUCACCAAAGGUGUCGAAGAUUUAGACGCUUACAUUGGGGAUGAAGCUUUUGAAGCCACUGGAUAUUCUGUAAAAUAUCCAGUUAGACACGGGCUAGUAGAAGAUUGGGAUCUGAUGGAAAAAUUCCUGCAACAAUGCAUUUUUAAGUACCUCAGGGCAGAGCCUGAGGAUCAUUACUUUUUACUUACAGAACCGCCGUUAAACACUCCUGAAAAUCGAGAAUACACUGCAGAGAUAAUGUUUGAAUCGUUCAAUGUACCAGGUCUCUAUAUCGGAGUACAAGCUAUGUUGGCAAUAGCUGCCUCCUGGGCAACUAAAAGUGUAGAAGACAGAACGUUAACGGGUGUUGUUGUCGAUAGCGGAGAUGGAGUAACGCACGUAAUUCCAGUUGCAGAAGGUUUUGUCAUUGGAAGCUGUAUAAAACACAUUCCUAUUGCUGGACGUGACAUUACAUAUUUUAUACAAAGUUUAUUAAGAGAACGCGAAAUCGGAAUACCGCCUGAACAAUCGUUAGAAACAGCUAAAGCGAUAAAAGAAAAGUAUUGUUACAUAUGUCCAGAUAUAUCAAAAGAGUUCGCUAAAUACGAUAGCGAUCCUACUAAGAUAAAAAAAUAUGAAGGUAUCAACAGUAUUACCAAGCAGCCUUUCGCUGUGGACGUUGGAUACGAAAGAUUUCUUGGACCGGAGAUAUUUUUUCAUCCAGAAUUCUCUAAUCCAGAUUUUACGACACCCCUGAGCGAAAUCGUGAACGACGUGAUACAAAAUUGCCCGAUAGACGUUAGGAGACCGUUGUACAAUAAUAUUGUAUUGUCGGGUGGUUCUACGAUGUUCAAAGACUUUGGUAGACGAUUACAACGUGAUAUAAAACGAAUUGUCGAUGCGCGUCUUAAACUUAGCGAAACAUUAAGUGGAAGUCAUAUUACGCCAAAACCUAUAGACGUUCAUGUUAUAUCGCACUCUCGACAACGUUGCGCGGUAUGGUAUGGCGGUGCUGCAUUGGCGGGUGAUCCUGAAUUUUACAGGGUCUGUCACACUAAAAAAGCUUAUCAAGAAUACGGUCCUGGAAUAUGUCGUUAUAACCCCAUAUUCCACAGUAUGGUGUAAAAAAAAAAUAAAACAUCCAACUGGCAUUCAAGAAACAUCAUUACAUGGACCAACGGUCGAAAUUUAACGUCAUUAACGACUCUGUUAAUAAUUUAUCUGACUACAAAUUUUUUCACUUACGGAGAGGCUACAUUUUAUAAUAUAAACUGGGCGUUUUCACUGUGUAAUUUCUUAACCGAAAGAAUUACGGGGAAUGCCUCAGUGUUAUACUAGGAAACGCACACGAAGAUGUUCUCAUGCUCAUUGAUUAUUACAUUAUUAUGUAAGAAAAGAUAUUUGCAUUUAAUAAAGAAACAGGAUAGAUUAACUGAAAGAGAGAAGGUAACGUUCCAUUAGCAAAAAUUGUUAAAAAUAAUUGAUAAAAAUUAUAAUACAACGCAAUUGUAUAGAUAUGUACA